AUGAGUCACCUCAACCCAGGACUUAUUUCAGCAUACAACAGUCUCACAGACAGACAUCUGGCAGGGUACUUCAGCAACAGUCGGAUCAGGAGACACCUGCAGAGAGCAGGACUGAUCACACGGAGUGGGCGCAUUGUUCCAGACAAGGAGUACAGACACAAGCUGAUCCAGAGAGCGCACCACAGACACAUCCGAGAAUGCCUGGCCCAGGCCAUCUUCCACAAGGUGCUGGAGAUGGAGCGUGUCCAUCAAAUAGAGAUCAAAAGGAAACUGGAGGAGUUUGCAAGGAGGGAAAGGGUGCAUACGAUCAAAGUGGAUCGCUCUAAAAGAUAUGAAGAAGAGAUCAUCCAUAUCCUGUCUCCACGCCCACCCACGGGUGCCCGAGGCAUCCGGAAACAGCACUCUGGUCCAGAGGGGGAGCACUCUGAGUCCUCUGAAUCUCCGGGCUCGUCUCGACCCAACACGGCUCCGGGGAAGAUGCAGCGGCCGGUGCGUCUGAAGCCGAUCGGCAGCAACAGCACCACAGCCUCGCUCAGACGCAGCUCCCCUUACCGACUGCUGGAGUCGUCCAAUGAGAACGAGCAGACGCUCAACAGCACUGUGAGGCCGCGACACAUGAGACCCGAGUCCCGGAGACAUCGGACCACAGCCGAGCCCCCCCGUGGCAUCUCACCCUACUGCCUCCCCGUCAUCAACAACUUCGUCACCCCGGUGCCUCCCUCCACGAAGAGGAGAGAGAGGGGGGUGAAGGUCACUCCCAGCGGCACGCUCCGAGGCCGCAGACUGCGUCCCACCACCGCCUCCAGCGGAGUGGACGCCUACGAGGACCCCCCCAUGCUGAGGAGCUCUGUGCUCCAGAGCAGAGUGCGUGUGAACAUGAUGUACUUUGGCAAAACGGUGCAUCUCUCUCAUGACCUGACCGACAUGAGGGAUGAGGUCAAAGUGUUUCAGCAGCACUGUGGAGGAGAGAACCUGUGUGUUUACAAGGGCAAGCUACGAGAGGGAGAGACUUUCCAGUUCAUUUCCAGGCGGCACCGAGGUUUCCCCUUCAGCUUGACCUUCUUCCUGAACGGGCUGCAGGUGGAGCGACUCAGCUCCUGCUGCGAGUUCAAACACAGGAAGGGCUCACGACUGGGCGGCAGGCACGGACACUUUGGCUUCUGCGGAGUGGAGGGGGCUUCUCCGUGCUACAAGUGCAUCAUAGCAAUGGGACUGGACAAGAAGCCCACUCCUCCACCAAAGAGAGUCAAAGAUGAUGGAGUAAGACAGGAGUCAGUGUCCAGCCUGAAGGAGCCCCCUGUGAAGGAGACAGAGAGGACUGUAGACAACGAGUCAGAGUGUGAAACCAGCCGACCUCAGGACAUGGAGACUGAAGUCAAAGAGGAAACAGCGGCGGAGGAGGACAAAGUCAGAGAUGAUUAUGAGGAAGACUUUGAAGCAGAUGACGAAGGCCCUGUAGAAGAUGCUGAAGUAAAAGUGAAGAAAUCCCCAUCUCCUUCUCAAGAAACUGAAAGUCGGGCUUUAGAGGGAGACACCUCUGAGACUGAGGACGACGAGAAGGAAGAUGACAUAAAGUCAGCUUCAGGCUCCAGCUCCUCAGACAGUGAGCAGGAAGAGAGCGAUGCUGAAGUCACCAAAGAGGACGAGAAAGCAGAACACAUUCAAGAAGUCCACCCGGAGGAAAGUGCUGUUCCACUAGAAGCUGCCACUGAGGCCAUACCGGCUGCGCCUGAAGACUCGGACAACCAGGACACUGCGGGGGACAGUACCGAGAUAGAAGUGUGUGAAACAAGUGUCCCCUCGGCCAAUGAGAAUCAACAAAGUGAAGAAAUCUCAGCAGAAAAAGACGUGGAGAAAAUGGUAGAUGAGAGCAAAGCGGAGCAGGAGCAGGAGAGGGCUAAAUCUGUGCAGGAGAAGUUGGCAGCAGCCAUCCUGAAGGAGUCCCAGUGCAGCUCCGAGCCCGAGCUGAGCGACACCAGCACCGAGGAGGAGGAGGAGUCCUCAGAGAAAGGCCCUGAACCGGACAGCAAGGAUGCAGUUGCAGUGAAAUCUACCACCUUGACAGAAGAGCUACAGGCCGUUGUGGAGGAGACAACAUGUGAGGAAGAGGUUGCUAGUGAAGCUGAAGAAGUACAAGAGACGUCUGACCCAAAAGAACAAGAGGAAGAAUCUGAACAGGAACCCCAGGAGAACAAAGAUGUUCCUAAAGAUGUGAAAAUCGAAGAGGAAAAUGAAAAGGACAAAAACACAGAGAAUGAUAAAUCAGAGGAGGCAGAAGAUGCAGCUCCAGCUCUGCAUCCUGUAUCUGACGAGGAAUUGGCUGAGGAAGACAAGACUUCAGGACAUCAAGAAUCAGCUAAAUCAGCCAAUGAGGAGGCUCUAGAGAAAGACAAAGAAACCGAGGAGGAAAAUGAAGUGGAGGUGGACACGCAGCUCGACGAGACAGGACACGGGGCAAAAAGCAGCGAGGAGGAUGAGUCAUCGGUAUCAGAGCCGAAUCAAAUCCCUGAUGAGACAGCAGCGCCUGAUGAUGCAGAGGCGAUGACAGCCAGCGAGACAAAGGAGAUGAAAGCAGAGCCCUCAGAGGAGCGAGAGGCCCUCAGCUGUGAAGAGGCACCUGUAACCCACACAGAGACGAGGCAGCAAGGAGGCAGCGAGGACGCAGAGACUGAAGGCACAGCGGAGAACUCAAGCAGCUCCAUGGAGGGCAGCGGAGACACCACAGUGGAAAAAAGUGCAUAUUUAAGUGAGGAGAAUUCUAAAGAUGAAAGUAGUAAAGAUGAUAUUAAAGAAGCAGUAGAGGAGAGUAAAGACGGGGUUGAAGAAGAGGAGGAUGAUGAGAGUAAGACGGAAGAAAGGAUAGAAAAGGAGGGAAUUAUUUCAGAGCGGACUGAAGUUGACUUUAAGGAUGAAGGAAAUGCAAAUGAAGAACAGGCAGAGAAAUGCCAAAGUGAGGAAGAUGAAGUUGCAAAUGAAGAGAAGGCAGAAGAUGAAUCAGAGGAAAAGGGAGAUGAAACUAUUGAGAGUGAAAAGGUGAACACGGCAGAUGGUGGGGGAAAGGAUGAGGAAGAAUCAGAGGAAAAGGGAGAUGAAACUGAUACAGCUAUUGAGAGUGAAAAGGUGAACACAGCAGCUGGUGGGGGAAAGGAUGAUGAAGAGAAAUAUCAUAUCGAUGACAAAUCUGAGAAGGAUAAAGAUGUGGAAGGAUCUGAAGAGAAACAGGAGGACGCUGUUCCAGAGACUCCAGACAGAGAAGAAAAGAUGUCUGAGAUCAUGGAGGAAUCUGAGAAAAGUGCAGGUGCCGACUUGGAUAAAGAUAAUGCAAAAAUAUCAGAUGAUAAUAUUGUCGAGUCAGAGGAUGUCGAGGAUAGUGAAGCAGAAAAUGUAGCACAGGGGACUGAAACGACUGAAGAGACUUCAAACAACGUAAUGGAGUCUGAGGAGGUUGAAAAAGAAACUGAAGAAGUAAAUGACAGCAUGGAGAAGGGAGAAGUUGACGUUGAAAAUGGAGAGAUGUCAACUGAGAAUAAAACUCAGGAGGGAGAAGGAGAGGUUCAAACUGACGGCAAAAAUGACGUGAAAAGAGACGAGAAUACUGAGACAAAGGCAGAGGAGCUCACAGAGGGGGAGAGCACAGAGGAGCCCACAGAGGGGGAGACACAGGGGGGGGAGGAAGUAACUGUGAAGUCUGAAGAUGACGCUGAAAAACGUGAAGUCGACAAAGCUCCUGAUGUGGCACAAACUGAGGCUAAGGCAGCAGAUGACAGUGUCGAAAAGCAAGAGGAAUCCACUCAAAACGACGACCCGGACACAUCUGGCAUGGAAGCAAAGGAUGAAUCGAAAUCAGACGAGAGAAACGACGACGAGGGAUCAAAACAAGAUGAAAAUGGAAAUGUAUCUGAGCCCGACAGUGAAAACAGAGAUUCCGAGUUGAUGAAAAAGAGCGAUAAUGUGUCGAGUCAUGUCAGUGAGGUGAUGGUUGCUUCGUCAGGUGACCAGGCACAAUCUCCAACACACACAGCUGUGGAUUUCGAUACAGCUCAGAAGUCAGAGGUACCCACUGCACAGCCUGACUCUAACACUGAAAAACACACGGGAGAAAAUCCUGCUGAUCACUCUGCAACUGACGGAGAAAACGGAGCAGACACGGAGGAGGCGAGCAAGGCCUCGGAGGAAGGAGCCAGCGUGCUGCUCCAACCUCAAACACAGUCCCCGACACAAAACAAUGACAACACAGAGGAGAGCGUAGCAGAAGUUAAAGAAAGUCCAGAAGUACUAACAAGAGAGAACAACGCAGAGAUGGUCACCAACUGGGUAACCAAGCAUCAAACAUCCAAGUGCUUUGAGACGUUUGUUGAACCGUUAGAAGACUUAAAGGAAUCGCCAGACGCUCAACUUAACGCUAACGAAGAGGAAACACAAUCUACAGAACAGACCAGAGCAGAGAGUCCACUUGUGAUGGCAGAGAUAUCUCAACGUGUAAAUGAGGAAAGGGAUACAAGCAAAGAGGAACCUCAAUCUGAAGCUGGAGAACAGAGUGAGGAAGACUCUGAGCAAGUGGAGGAGACUGAAGUAAAGGACUUUUUAGUAAAGCCAGAGAGUGAUAAAGAGUCUGUGAAAGAGCAAGAUAUGAGGUCAGAGGACCAACAAGGAAGUAGGCGAUCUCUUGAUAAAGUGCAAGAAGGUUUAAUGCAGGAUGACACUGAGCAAACUGAUGUUUCCAAAACUGAAGUGGAAAGCCUAUCAGGGACUCAGCAUUCAGUAACGAGCGGCAGACCUGAGGGGGAGGAGAAAAGUAGUCCAGAGUUGAAUGAAGAGGAGAAAGGUCUUCUACCUUUAUCCAAGACAGAAGAGCAGGGCGAAUGUUCAACGAUGCCUGAAGGGCUUUCCAAGUUGAAGGCAAAUGAUACCGAAGAAACUCUGGAAACAAGUGAACAAAGUCGAGAAGUUCAAGAAAUAACCGAUUUCACAACGUCCAAGUCCGACGAUGGAAGUCAAGAGGAGACCCAACGGAAAGACAUUGACCCCCAACCGUCAGACGGGAGCAUCAACGGAGACCGAAGAGACGUGCAGAUGAUCGAGGACAUCAAACACACGCUGAGUAAAGACCGACUCAGCACGUUCUCGGUGGAUGAAACCAUGUUCAGUAGAAGUUCAUAUCCUCUGCUGACCGCUGCGAGGACAGAGAGCGGACAUUAG